AUGACCACCGGAGAAGGGGUGUUGUUUGUGGAUCGCACAGUCAAGUUCAUCUAUAAUGGUGCCGCACAGGUAGCAUUGCCCCAGCCAGAGCAGAUGCCGUUCGAACAAGAUCUUAACCUCUUCAUCUUGCAGCAGGGAAACUAUGGCCACCACAACACAUCGUCCCAAAAGGUUAUAUCUACAGCGAUCAAGUCCACUACUCAGACUCUAUUCGAACAAAACUUCGUUCCAUGGAAGUUUCACCCUCGUCACUCCGACUUCGAGCCUGCGAUGAACGCCUCUUGCACCUACAUCAAAACAGUGUACCUGGAACAAACCGAUGCCGACCCUGCAAAUGUGACGAAGCCUCUGGCCGGUGAGGUCGACGAAUCCUACUCACUCUCUAUUUCGACCAAUGGCCGGGCUACUAUCACCGCGACCUCCUCUAUUGGCAUUGCACAUGGCUUGACAACGUUCACUCAGCUGUUCUACAAGCACUCCAGCGGCGCAGUCUACACACCUUACACUCCAGUAAACAUAACAGAUGCUCCGAAGUUCCAGCAUAGGGGCCUGAACAUGGACGUCUCGCGAGUUUGGUAUGCACCCGCUGAUAUAAUCCGGAUGAUCGAUGCGCUUGCGUACAACAAAUUCAAUCGCCUGCACCUGCAUAUCACAGAUGCUCAGUCUUGGCCGAUCGAAAUCCCAGCACUGCCCAUGUUAGCUGAGAAAGGUUCGUACCGUGAGGGUCUGACAUACAGCCCUCAAACAAUGGCGUACAUCCAAGACUAUGGUGCCUCUCGAGGUGUAGAGGUGAUUCUCGAGAUUGACAUGCCAGGCCACACCUCAUCUAUCGCCUACUCGUACCCUGAGCUCAUAGCUGCGUUCAACGAGAAGGACUGGUCAGCAUACGCCGCUGAGCCACCGUCUGGUACUUUAAAGCUGAACUCCUCAGCGGUGACCGAAUUCUUGGACACCCUUUUCGAAGACUUGUUGCCACGAGUUCUGCCAUACUCGUCGUAUUUCCACACUGGUGGUGAUGAAGUCAAUGUGAAUGCCUAUAAUCUCGACGAUACUGUACGCUCGAACGACACUGCUGUUCUGCAGCCAUUGAUGCAGGCCUUUGUCGACAGAGCUCAUGCCAAGGUGCGGGCUGCUGGCUUGACACCAAUUGCAUGGGAGGAAAUGCUCUUGACCUGGAACCUGACUCUAGGAUCUGAUGUCGUGAUUCAGACCUGGCAAAGCGACGAGGCAGUCGCAGAGACUGUCAGCAAAGGGCACAAAGCUCUUGUUGGCAACUACAACUACUGGACAUACUAUCCCUAUAACGACUAUUGCGCGCCAUUGCACAACUGGAGAGUGAUGUAUGCUUACAACCCGCUGAACGGCGUCCCAGCAAACCUGACACAUCUUGUCCUGGGCGGAGAAGUUCAUAUCUGGAGCGAGCAGACUGAUCCUGUCAAUAUCGACAGACAAGUAUGGCCACGUGCGUGUGCAGCUGCCGAAGUGCUCUGGAGCGGUGCCAAAGACGAGCAUGGGCAGAAUCGCAGUCAGAUAACCGCAAGUCCAAGAUUGAGUGAGAUGCGGGAGCGUUUAGUCGCAAGAGGCAUUGGCGCCGAGCCCAUUCAGAUGCCAUUCUGUACGCAGAACGGCACUCAGUGCGCUCUAUGA